AGGCUGGGAGGCGGUGGGUGCGCGCGCCUGCGCGAGCGGGGCCGUUGGCGGGUGCGGAGGAGCCGCCUGAGGAGAGCGGAGCGGAGCGGACGGGCCGGGCGGCCCCGCGGCUCCGGGGGAGCCCCCUGGGCAGCGGGCCGGGCCUGCGGGGGUGCUGGGACCUCGCUACCGGCCUCCCACCUGCCCGUACAGCGGUUGUAGUGCGAGCGGACGGGAAAUGAAAAUUUAGAAAAGAAUUUGCCAAAUUAAGAAGAUGGGAGCAAAUAGCAGCAGCAUCAGUGAGCUUCCAGAUAAUGAGUACUUAAAGAAAUUAGCAGGAGCGGAGCCCAUCUCUGAGAAUGACCCAUUCUGGAAUCAGCUGCUCUCUUUCAGCUUUACCACUCCAACAAACAGCGCCGACUUGAAGCUGUUGGAAGAAGCCACCAUCUCAGUCUGCAAGUCGUUAGUUGAGAAGAAUCCUCGAACAGGAAACCUCGGCUCAUUGAUUAAAGUCUUUCUUUCUAGAACCAAAGAGUUAAAAAUCUCAGCAGAAUGUCAGAAUCACCUCUUUAUUUGGCAAGCUCACAACGCGCUCUUCAUCAUUUGCUGUUUGCUGAAAGUCUUCAUCAGUCGAAUGUCAGAAGAGGAGCUGCAACUUCAUUUUACUUACGAAGAGAAAGCGCCAGGCUCAUAUGGAACAGAGUGCGAAGACCUCAUAGAAGAGUUGCUGUGUUGCCUCAUCCAACUCAUUGUUGAAAUUCCCCUCCUGGAUAUUACAUACAGCAUUUCCUUGGAGGCGGUGACAACUCUCAUCGUCUUCUUGUCCUGCCAAUUAUUCCACAAAGAAAUUCUCCGCGAGAGCAUCAUCCACAAAUACCUGAUGCAUGGGCGAUGCGUCCCUUACACCAGCAGGCUUGUGAAAACUCUCCUUUAUAAUUUCAUUAGACAAGAGCGGAGCCCUCCUCCUGGCACCCACGUCUUUCAGCAGCAAACCGAUGGGGGCGGCCUCCUUUACGGAAUCGCAUCUGGGGUAGCAACUGGCCUGUGGACAGUCUUCACGCUCGGCGGAGUGGGGAGCAAAGCAUCACCACAGCUGGAACGCUGCUCCCCUCUUGCAAACCAGAGUCUGCUGCUUCUCCUUGUCUUGGCAAAUCUCACCGACGCACCCGAUACGCCCAAUCCCUACAGACAAGCCAUUAUGUCCUUCAAGAACACACAAGAUAGCACUGCUUUUUCCUCAUCAAAUCCACACGCUUUCCAGAUUAAUUUCAACAGUUUGUACACGGCUUUGUGCGAGCAGCAGAAAUCCGACCAGGUGACUCUUCUUUUGUACACACUUCUGCAUCAAAACAGCAACGUACGGACAUACGUGUUGGCACGGACGGACAUAGAGAAUCUUGUUCUGCCAAUUCUUGAAAUUCUCUAUCACGUCGAAGAAAGGAAUUCCCACCACGUUUACAUGGCUCUGAUCAUUUUGCUGAUCCUCACGGAGGACGACGGCUUCAACCGAUCCAUCCAUGAAGUGAUACUGAAAAAUAUCACCUGGUACGCUGAGCGUGUCCUAACAGAGAUCUCACUGGGGAGCCUCCUCAUACUGGUCGUGAUAAGAACCAUCCAGUACAACAUGACCCGGACAAGGGACAAAUACCUUCACACGAAUUGCUUGGCAGCCUUAGCAAAUAUGUCAGCACAGUUCCGCUCGCUUCACCAGUACGCUGCUCAGAGGAUCAUCAGCUAUACCUGCCGCCACUUGCGGAGAUAUGUGUAUGUCUUGGACAAACUGUAUUUUCCCCACUCCCACUGCUCCACGCUGCAGCAUUGCUUCUCGACCCUCAGUGACAAUGGAGAGGAACUCUUGUCUUUAACUUGUUCUCACAUUCUCAGAUCCUAUGCUGCCAGUUUGUUUUCUUUGCUGUCUAAAAAACACAACAAAGUGCUGGAGCAAGCCACGCAAUCCCUAAGAGGUUCCAUUGGUUCGACCGACUCUCCGCUCCCUGAUUAUGCACAAGACCUGAACGUGAUCGAGGAAGUGAUCCGCAUGAUGCUGGAGAUCAUCAACUCCUGCCUGACCAAUUCUCUUCACCACAACCCCAACCUGGUGUACGCGCUGCUUUACAAGCGGGAUCUGUUUGAGCAGUUUCGAACUCACCCUUCCUUCCAGGACAUCAUGCAAAAUAUAGAUCUGGUGAUCAGCUUUUUCAGCUCCCGAUUAGAACAAGCUGGCGCGGAACUGUCGGUGGAGCGAGUUCUGGAAAUCAUCAAGCAAGGAGCUGUUGCUUUGCCCAAAGACCGGCUAAGAAAGUUCCCCGAGCUGAAGUUCAAGUACGUGGAGGAGGAGCAGCCCGAGGAAUUCUUCAUCCCCUACGUUUGGUCCUUGGUCUACAACUCCGCCGUGGCCCUGUACUGGAACCCGCAUGAAAUCCAGCUCUUCACGAUGGACUCCGGCUGAAGGAGAUGCCCCAACCGAGCCAACUCAACUCUUGUCUUCUCCCAGAAAACGAAAUUCCGCACGGCGUGUGAAUACGUGACCCCUUCCAGCGUGCACCCUCUCACCCCAAAGCUUACGGAGAAUGACGUUCGUCGCUAGUGUACAGUCCAACAUUGAUAUUUCGGAAGCAGAUCGCCACCAAUACGCUGGACAGACUGUGGUGUGAGGAACUGAGGGCUUGUAGGCAACCUUGUAUUUAUAAUCUUAUAAUUUAGAGCUUGUUUGAUGAAAAUGAGGCCUUACACAAAGGGGAUGACAUUACUACCACCUACAAACCUGCUUGUUCUUUUAACUUCGUGGGGUAAAUGAGGAAAGGGGUUGCAGACCUUUGAUUUGGAAGUUGUAUUUUCAUUUAUUUCAAGUGAGACGGCUUUGUUGGGUCAAUCUUUCUGUGGUCUGUUGGAUUCUGUCAUGAGUUGCUCGUUACCUAAUCCCAUGCUUCUUUUUUUUUUUGGCAUUUAAUUGCUGUCUGCACUGUCAUCCGAGUGAACUCCAAGCAGCACAUUAAUCAGAUUAGCUCCCAGGCAGAUUCAAAACACUUGUUUUAGGUGUCAGAAUGUUUGUGGGAGGAUUUUCAGUAGCAAGUCUUUUUUUUUCCUGUUUGUUUGACUGGCAAAUAUUCUAUCGAGGGCUAGAAACACCAGCUUGAAGAGUCAGGUCCCUUGCAGACUUGUUUUACUGUGCUAAAGUUGUUCCUGGAAAUUGAACACGUUGGCGGGGAAAAACAUCUCCAAAGAAAAUAGUUAAAAGAUUGUAAGAUAGGCCAACAUCCCGUAAAACUUUGUAAUGGUGGCGGUGUCAUGGGGAUCCUUGAAAAAGCUUUGUUUUGAAAAUCCCGUUUGCUAUUAAAGGUUUUACGGCAGAAGUAUAAAUGUAUGUGAAUGUAGAAUAAUUCUCUUUGUUGUUAUUUUCAAGUGCCCUUUCCUGAUAUACCUGUUUCCGCAGUUGGAAGAACACAAGAAAUGGCUUGAUGACCUGAUUCGGAAAGAACGUUUUUUUCAAAAUAAGGAUGAUUUUUUUGCUCUGGGGAUGCUCCCAAUGGUGCCUGUUGCACAUGCGUUGAACGCAAAUCCCACAUGCUGCUAUGUGGAGAACUGUCAGCAGUGCAUUGCAUGCCAAAAUAUAAAAUAUCAAGGAAUUUGGUCCUAAACAUAGGUGGCAACCCCCGGUGCUCACUGCCUGCUUCAGCAUGUUCUGUUUAUUGACCUGAAGAAUUCAGUCCUUCAAGUGGCUUUACAUAGAAUUUCUUGCACCUUUAUUUUUUGCCCUGGAGGAUGCGCUCGGGUUGUACUUUAAUCUGCUUACUUAGAGGUGGGAAGUCCGUUUGAAUCCUACACAAUUGGAAGUGUUGGCUUUAAAAAAAGAGCAAGCAGCUUUCCAGAUUUAUUUAAAUAUAACUCCAAAGCAACAUAAACAGCCUAGGAGCAUUUAGGAAAAACACUUUUGAGAAGAAAAGGCAAUAGUAAGACUGGAAAUGCAGUUUUUCAUAGGAAAGUGUGAGAAAUGAAUGAACCGUGACUGAGCUGCACAUAAGUUUAUGCUGGUUUUCGGAUUUACAUGGGGAUAUUUUUUUGGCCUUUGAGCAAACGUCAAAGGGCAACGACUCUUCCUGGUCAUCGCAGUGAUCUGUAACUUUGUCUUUAUUAAAAGACCGAGAGUGUUUGUGAGUCAGCAGAGCCGUCCAGCCUCAGGAAGGCCAGGCUGAAGAUGCACUUGUGACCUGUGGAUUCAGUUUUCAUCUGUCCUAAGCCGCCCCAUGAGCACCUUCCACCCCGGAGUGGGGAGAACUUCAUGCAAAAUGGCUCAGGCGGAGCAGAUGUUUAUCAGCCUGCAGAGAACCUGGGUUUUUUUCUUUGAAAAGGGCUUUUUUUAAUCCAAGAGAAGAGUCCAUAAAGCAGCAAUCAGAUAGAAUAGGUCAAACCAGCUGCUGAGUCAAUAUAGGAGUCACACGGUAAAUUAUUUCUUGCCAUCGCCUUGUGGUGACAUUGAAGCACGGAAGGAACGGGAUUGUUCCAAUGGCAUAGUUUCCUUGUGAAUUUAAUUAAUAUGUGAUGCUCCCAGGGCCCAGCUGGUUUGGAACAGCUGGAGUUACAAUCCAAAGCUGAAAAAGCAGAGCCAGACCAAGAUUUAUGCUGAAUUCCGUGCUAGUCCCCCUGGUUCUUCCAAGAGCUGGAGCAUGAUGCGGGUCUGAAGUCUGCGGUCUGGCAUGGUCACAAACACUCUGUUUUCCUUCAGAUCUGUAAAGUGUCACCUUAGGGAUCCUUUUCAUUAUUUUGUGUGAAGGAUUUAUUAUGCGUAAUAAAAAAACAAAAAGUAAA